GCCGCUACCCAGCUCCUAGAGUUGAUGAAGGACGUGCAAGACGAGUUGCCGCUGCUCAGAGCUGUGUUUAGCCCUCAUGAUAACCCGUCCUCGCCUAUGACAUGAGGAGCAAGAUUGUUGAGGCUGGCAAAAAGGGCAAAUAUGCACGCCUGCCUUCUAAACAGCAUCAUAUCCAGCCAACCCCCCACACCCCGAAACCCACAGCAUUCAUCCACGACCACCUCUACAUGGACUGCUGCACGCACCCUUCCCACCUCGUCCAGCGCGGCCAGUUCCUGAGCUGCGGCCCCAGCCCUAUCGCAUACGCCUUCCCGAUCAGCUACCGCAGCAGCACAUUGCAUGCUGAUAUCAGGGUCCUGAUUAUGUCGAGUUGGGUGGAGGAUGUCGAGGGUGUGAAAAAGGGGAGCUGGAGGAAGCGUAAAUGGAGAAGGAGAGGGAAAUGUUACUUUGGAGGGGGUUGAAUGCGGGGAUUCAUCAUAGGAAUGAGAAGCCUUGGCGGCGCAGAUGGGACGCUCGAUGGAUCUUGUUCCUUGUUCUCCUCCUUUCUACCACUCUGCAUCCGAGAACUAUAGACGUCUCCUUCACAGACCCUCAAAAAAUCAAUCGUGAACCAUACGAUGAUGGAUAUGGCAUUCUCUGGAGAACCGCGUCAGUGUGAGGUGGAGGAAAGGUAGGAGUGGAGGCGGGCAUUAAGGAGGCUGGGAGGUACAAGCAUGUCUUUGGUGUGGAUGUGAACGGCUGGUCGACUCGGGUCAAGAGGCCCAUGAAGAGUAAUUUGGUUGUGUUCAAGUC